UUUCUUUCUUUUCUUUUCAUCCACAAGGUUACGGCAAAUCUCUGCGGUCAUCUUGGUUAUAUAUACCACCCCCUAUAGCAUUGAUACCUCCAUUAUUAUCCAAAGAAGUAUUGUACUAUAAAUUAUAGCUCACGAGUCACUGGACACCUACGGUCAUAAGCAUGACACCGCCACCAUCCAGUCUCCCUGCUCAACCUAGCAGUCCUCAUCCACCAGAGCAUAACGAAAGCCACAACCACAAACCACGCACAGCAUCUCAUCCAGUGAUCUAUGCAUCCCCACGUGCCUCAUCUGCUUUGGGUCGUGCCUUUCGCCAGUUGGGUGUAGUCUGUCGUUUGAAUUGCAUCCUCUUACUUCGGUAUUGGAAAGCUACCCUUUUGCAGGUGAUUGUGCUACCGCUGCUGGUGAUGGGUGUCACCUUUGGCGUACAGAAAGCCUAUGUCUCCGAUAACGGCCAAGUCAAAUCUGCCGACAAUGCUGUCCAGACGUGGGCGAUGGAUGGUAUUCACCAAUGUCAGCCUGAGCCAUUGUCAAAUGCUUGCAUGACCUUAGUAUUUGCUCCGUCAAACUCAGAAACAAAUCAAAUCAUGGGUUACUUCCAGACCAAGAACGAGGCUCGCACCAAAGCCGCUCUCAAAAUCGAACCUCAAGUCUGGCAGGACAUGAGCAGUGUCCCCAAGGAGAAUAUGGGCAUUGUCCCUAUGCCCUCUGACCAAUUCAUCUACGACUAUUCACUCCAGCAUCCUGAUACCAUUCAACUUGGCGUCGUUUUUACCAAAGAGAUACCCACAGGUGCUACAGAUGGACCAAUUCACUGGACCUAUCAAGUUUAUUACAAUACAACACAUGCAACCAAUAUGUCAACAGUCCCUGGAUACAAAUAUAGUCGAGAGGCUGGUUAUAAUCGUAUAUCUAGUCAUGAUGAUCCUUAUGGAGCACUACUCCCCAAUAUGAUUCGAGGCAUGGAUGAGGCUCUUAUGACCUUCAUGGAUCCGGAGCACAAACAGGCUGAUCUAGACUACUCGCUGAAGUCAUUCCCAACUGCAGGCUCCAAGAACGGCUACACUUCACAGGAUGAUAUCUCAAACCUGCUGGCUAACUUGAUGGCUCUUCCUGCCAGCAUCACGAUGAUCAUGGCUAUGCUUCGGGUAUCCCGCGAGAAGGAAACCAAAUGCAAAGAAGCUAUGCAGAUGAUGGGUUUAAGCUAUGUGGUCUAUUGGAGCGCUCAAUGGCUGACUGGUUGGAUUAUGCCCAUGAUCCAAGGAGCUGUCAUGGUCGUGCUUGGAUAUGCAUUUCAAAUGACUUUCUUCACCAACACCAACUGGUUCGUUCUCUGGCUCAUGUUUACGCUAUUGGCAUACGGAAUGACCAUGCUUGGGUUUUGGAUCACCACCUUUUGUCAAAAGACAGGAACUGCCAUGGCUUUCGGUUUUGCACUUGUGGUCCUAGUCUUGGUCGUUGUCCCUAUAAUAGCGACGGGCUCCUGGGUUGGCCUCUGGGUCGACACGAGCGCCUACAUCAGUGCUGUCGAUGGUAUCGAGCUUCCACCGCCACGCGCUUAUAGGUGGAUCUUGGGUUUUUUCCUACCAUUCAUGCACCACGCCACCCUUUGGGGACAGAUCUCAGCUGUCUCACUGAACUCUGUCGAUUAUAUGACCGGCAACGUCACUACAGGGCCAGGGUUCCACUUUGCAAACUUGACAAAUUAUGAACAGAUGCAGCCCUCUUAUCAGACAUUGCUUCCUCAACCGUACUUAUUACUGGGAUUAUAUGGUGGGAACAUUUUACUUGCCGCAUUGUUGACACUUUAUUUCGAUCAAGUUAUCCCAAACGAACACGGUCAUCGACGUGGCCUCUUCUUCUAUUUUGGUAGCAUUGCCCAUCUCUUCAAGAUCAUUCGCUAUGGUGGCAACGCUGGUCUAACUCGCCAGCAGUCAGCUGAUGCUCAACGAAUGAUCCCAUACCAGGGCCAACCGCCACCUGACGAAGAUAGUGAUGUGAUUGCAGAACGAGAGCGAGCUGUCCACUGUCAAACCAAGGUCGCAAUCCGAAUCUCAAACCUUACCAAAGUUUAUAUCAGCAAUGGAGCUGGCUUCCUCAAGAGCCUGUUCUUGUGUCUGUGCUGUUGUUGCUGCCGAAAGCGUCGGCGCGCCGCCAAAAUAGUCAACACAGCAGUUGAUCGCUUGAACCUAGUGACCGAGCCCGAUGAACUGUUUGCACUCCUGGGUCAGAAUGGUGCAGGGAAAUCAACAACGAUGCAAAUGCUCUACGGCGUCACGGGCCCGACCUCUGGGGACGCAUUCUUAUUUAAUCGCUCCAUCCAAACGGAUAUGCAAGGGAUCCGAGCCUCCAUGGGUGUUUGUCCCCAACAUGAUGUAUUGUUCAAUGAUUUGACCUGCUGGGAACAUAUGCAACUCUACGCUGGCAUCAAAGACUUGCCUUCAGAGGCCUUGGUCGAAUCAACCAACAAGAUGGAAUCCGUUAAGGAGAAUGUUCGUGAAAAACCUAGCUGGAUCCGCUCACGAUUAGAGGCUGUUCAACUUUGGAAAGACCGCAACACAAUGGCGGGCAGACUCUCAGGAGGGAUGAAGCGUCGCCUAUCAACAAUUAUCUCUACGAUUGGUGAUCCGGACGUCCUAAUCUUGGACGAGCCGACCACAGGUAUGGACCCUGUCCAUCGUCGGCAUGUCUGGACAUUCUUGGCUCAAUUUAAACGUGGUCGCUCCAUCCUGUUGACAACCCAUUCUAUGGAAGAGGCUGAUGCCCUUGGUGAUAAGGUUGCCAUCAUGGUAGCAGGCCAUCUUAAGGCUAUUGGAAAUACUACACGCCUAAAGAAUAAGUUUGGAAACGGAUACCGUGUCGAGUUGGCUCUCGGUAACUACAUUCCUACAAAUCAAGGCCCUGGUUCAAAUACCAACAAUAAUGUGAACGGCCAACAACCUUCCAAUAUUCGAAACAUUCCAACACAAAAAGAAUUGGAACAAGAGUUGACGGAUACUAUCCGCUCCAUCAUGCCAGAAUCAACGCUCCUAGAUCAGUCUGGUGGUAUGAUGGUGUUUGGUAUCCCAAUGCAAGCCAUUGGACACAUGGCUGAUUUGACUGCGAUGCUUGAGAGGUUCCAAGCACAAGGCAAAGUCAAGCAAUGGGGUAUUGCUCAAACAAGUUUAGAAGAGGUCUUUUUGUCUUUGAUACGCAAUUCCAAAGAUCGCCACUAA